AUGUCGUCGACACAAGUACAAGCCAGUGUUCUACACGGCGCAAAAGACCUCCGCAUUGAAUCCCGCGACCUCCCCGCCCCCUCAGCAAACGAAAUCCAAGUCGCCAUCCACAGCACCGGCCUCUGCGGCAGCGACCUGCACUACUACAACCACAACCGCAACGGCGACAUCCUCGUCCGCGAACCCUUGACCCUCGGCCAUGAAUCUUCCGGCAUCGUCACCGCAAUCGGCUCCUCAGUCUCCAACUUCUCGCCCGGCGACAGGGUAGCGUUGGAGGUUGGCGUGCCCUGCGAUAGCUGCCAUCGCUGCACAGAGGGCAGAUACAAUAUCUGCAAAGACAUGAAGUUUCGCUCUUCGGCAAAGAGUUUUCCGCAUUUCCAGGGUACGCUGCAAGAAAAGAUUAACCAUCCGGCAAAGUGGUGUCAUAAGAUGCCCGAGGGCAUGAGUAUGGAGCUUGGUGCUUUGCUGGAGCCUUUGGGUGUGGCUAUACACGCCUACCGACGAAGUCUUAUGCAAGAAGGCCACACUUGUCUAGUGCUGGGUGCUGGAGCAGUGGGUUUACUUGCUGCUGCUGUUGCGACAGCCAAAGGAGCAAAGACGGUGGUGAUUGCGGAUAUCGAUGCUGGAAGAGUGGACUUUGCAGUCAAGAAUGGGUUUGCGCAUCAUGGCUUUGUGGUACCCAUGAAGCGAGGAAAAGACACCGAGGAAAACCUUGCCAUUGCCAGAGAGACCGCAGAUGGAGUCGCUGCCGUCAAUGGUAUUGGCGAAGUGGACAUCGUGUUCGAAUGCACCGGCGUACCCACCUGCGUACAAUCAGCAAUUUACUCCACCAAGCCCGGCGGCCGCGUAAUGCUCAUCGGCAUGGGCGUCCCCAUCCAAACCCUCGCCAUCUCUUCCGCCGCCCUGCGCGAAGUCGAUCUAGUAGGCGUCUUCCGCUACGCAAACACAUAUCCUGAAGGCAUUUCCCUUGCCUCUUCUCCUUCUUGCCCCGACCUUUCCAAACUCGUCACCCACACAGUCAAAGGUUUGGAAAAUGCAGAGCAGGCCUUUGGCAUGGCUGGCAAAACAAAAGAUGACAAGGGGGAUUUAGUGCUCAAGGUUGUGAUUCAGAAUUAA